CCGCGGCGCGGACCACGCAGCCAUCACGCCAAUAUAGCCCGAGCACCCGCACCACAGUCCCCUCGUCGUCCUUGGACUGCUUGAAGCUUACACGAGCGCUAGCUAACGAAGGCACAGCGCGCUUCGCGCGAAAGAUCGGAAGAAAUGUCGAGGCCGGCCAGGAGCGACGCGCACCUGUCCCCGGAGGGGGAGGCGGCGAUGGAGGCCGAGGUGCGGGAGUACUACGACGAGGCGGCGCCCAAGCGCCACUCCAAGCCCUCCCGCAGCGAGCCCUCCGCCGUCUACACCGACGCGCUCGUCCCCGACGACUCCCACCCCGAGCUCGACAGGUUCCAGCAGCUCGAAGCCCACACCGAGAAAUUGGUGUGCGAGGGUGGCAAGGCAGGGGAUGAGUUCGUGGAGACGGAGUACUACAAGGAUCUCGGCUGCGUCGGCAAGCAGCACCACACGACUGGAACAGGGUUCAUCAAGAUGGACAAGCCCUCGGCGGACGCCUCGUUUCAUCUGUCUGAUGACCCAGAUGCAUCGGAGCGCCAUGCCUCCUGCAAGGGAAAUCCUGCUACAAACGAGUGGAUCCCAUCAGCUGACACGGUGUAUCCGGCGUCAGACAAGCCCAACAGAAGUGACAGCUGAGCAACGCGCGCUCUACAUGACUACACGUACAGCCAGAUGUAUGCAUUCCACCAGCAUAUAAAGAAGCCACACUUGGUUAUUCACAUAGGACACAUGCAUCUUUACUGUUCUGCAAGGAGUUUCUUGUGGUGUUAACCGUGUUGUACUCCCAAGAACUUGUGCUUCGAUCACAGAUUUGUGUUUGGGGGCAGCAAGUAUUACAGGAAAUAAAAACAGCAUUAUUAUGUUA